GUUAUUUGAACCUACAAAUACCACAUUGUCAAUAAACUCAAUCCAAACUACCCAAACAAACAAUGGAAUUUGUCCAUCACCAAAUCCAUUAUUUUUUGGACAGUCCAAGUCCAAAGCUGGGCUGAAAGCCCAAUAGCGAGGAAAGGUCAAUCCAAAAAGAAAAUAAAUGUAGAAAAUAAAAGAGGAAAAUGACUUACCGUUUACUUGGCCACCCACAACCCUUGCGUUGCGCUGGCAUAGACUGCAAAUACAGAAAGCCGAAGAACAAGGCGGAGAGGAGACAGAGGAAACGAAGACAUCCCCCGAAACUUGCGAAAUCACCAUCAAUGGCGUCGACUGCAGCAGUACCCUUCUGGAGGUCUGCAGGGAUGACUUACAUCUCAUACUCGAACAUCUGCGCUAACAUAGUCAGGAACUGCCUCAAGGAGCCUCACAAGAGCGAUGCCCUAGCUCGGGAGAAGGUCCAUUUCACCGUUACCAAGUGGUCCGAAGGAAAGCCCGAGAAGCCCACAACCCGGUCCGACGACCCAGAUGUUUGAGCUAUGGCGAAGCGUUGUGCGUGCAAGGAGGAAUAUCUUAGAUUAUCAGAGAUUUCUAUUUUCUGUUUUUUUCAGUAUGGCUUGUCUUGACUGUGAGACAAAAUUUUCAGGGGUUUGAGAAAGGUGGUAAUAAAUGUCAAGGGGAUUGAUUGUACUCUACUCCUGGAUUGUUGUCGAAUUGAAUGGGAUGUCAUGCUGCAGGAAUUGUCAGCGCUGUUUUCUGUUGCUGUAACAUUUACCAAGUUGUUAACAAUGUCGACGUGCCUAAUUGCUUAAGCUGGCAAGGAUGCUAGAAAACUAUGAAUGGAGGGUUUUUUUUUUUUUUUACAAAUUGUUUGAUAUUUACCAACAGGGAUUCCUAUUUGGUUUUGGCUCUUCGCUAUUUGGUUACUCGAACCAAAACCCGAAAAAAUCCGAAACCGAAAACCACUAAAACCGAACCCGAACCCGAUAAGGACGUGCGGGUUUCGAUUACCUGAAAUCCGAAAAUUCCUUAUCGUGUUCGGGUUCGAUUAAAGCCAAAUCGAAAUU